AUGAGCACCCUUAAAAGGAAAGGGGCGCCAUCCGGCAAUGCCUCCAAGAAAGACACUCCCUCCAAGAAAGUGAAGUCAGAGAAGCCCACCGACAAGACUCCCGAGAAGAAGACCUCCAAGUCCACCGACAAGACCGCCUCCUCAGCGCCAUCCGUCGCUCGUGUUGUCAAGGAGGAAGAGCCUCUCUUUCCCAGAGGUGGUGGCAGCGUGCUCACUCCCCUCGAGCACAAGCAAAUCACCAUCCAAGCGAAGCAAGACGCUCUUUUCGAGGAAGAGUCGGGCAAGGCGACAAAGAAGGGGGACAAGGACUCAAAGAAGAAGAAACGUAAGGCCUCAGGCAAAGACGGAAAGAAGAGUGAUAAGCCGGCCCACGACCCUGACGCUGUCAAGAUCGAAGGGCUCAACUACAAGCGCCUUGUGAAAGGCUCACUGGUCCUCGGUCAAGUUUGCGGCAUCAACGAUCUCGAAGUUUCCGUGGCGUUACCAAACAAUCUGAUUGGGCAUGUCUCUAUCACAUCAAUUUCCCCCGGCCUCACAAAACGAAUCGAGGCGGCGGCAGCAGCAGACGACAGCGAUGGCGACCAAGAAGAGUCGACCGAAGACGAUGUCGACCUCAAAGACCUCUUUGAAUUGGGUCAAUAUGUUCGAGCCUAUGUUGUGUCCACCAUCGAGGACUCGUCCGCGUUGUCAAGCAAAUCAAGGAGGCGGAUAGAACUGUCCCUACGACCUGAGGACGCCAAUUCCACGAUCUCUAAACAAGAGCUGGUUGCGAACAACACAGUGAUGGCUGCUGUGGCUAGUGUGGAAGAUCACGGAUACGUAAUGGACCUUGGUCUCGCAGACACCAAGGUCACCGGGUUUCUGCCAAAAAAGGAGGUCGAUACUGCCAUCCCAGAAGAUCGGCUGCAGCUGGGGAGCGUUUUCCUGUGCAUGGCUACGGGCCUGAGCGGGAAUAGCAAGGUUGUUCAGUUGACGACUCGCAGCGACAAGAUUGCCAGCCCCAAGAGCUUCCCGUCCGAGGCCACGACGGUCAACACUUUUGUCCCUGGCACAGCUGUUGACGUUCUCGUAUCUGAGCUGUCAGAUCGAGGCAUUGUCGGCAAGGUUCUGGGCCAUCUCGAUGUCACCGCCGACCACAUUCACUCCGGAGUCGGCCCGCAUGGCACAGAUUUAGAAGCCAAGUACAAAGUCGGCUCGAAGUUAAGGGCAAGGGUAAUCUGUACAUUUCCUGAGGCGAGGCAACCUAAGUUGGGCAUCUCGAUCCUGGAUCAUGUCCUAUCCUUCGAAACCCCGAGCGCUCGAUUCGAAGGCACCCAGAAGAAGCCGCUGGAUGCUCUUCCGAUAUCUUCAGUGGUCGAGAAUUGCGUGGUGAAACGGGUCGAGUCGGACAUUGGCCUUUUUGUCGACGUAGGCGUCGAGGGUGUACCUGGGUUUGUGCACAUAUCUCGGGUCAAGGAUGGAAAAGUCGACGCGUUGUACGAGUCCAGUGGUCCCUACAAGCUAAAUUCGGCACACCGGGCGAGGGUAGUAGGUUACAACGCUUUUGACGGGCUGUUCCUGCUUUCCCUUCAGAAAAGCGUCCUCGAGCAACCUUUCUUGCGCGUAGAAGACGUGCCUAUCGGAGACGUUGUCGACGGCAGCAUUGAGAAGCUUGUGGUUGGUGAGAACGGCGUCCAUGGGCUUAUUGUCAAGAUUGCUGAAGGCAUAUCUGGGCUCGUCCCACAGAUGCACCUUUCUGACGUCCGACUACAACACCCGGAGAAGAAGUUCAAAGAAGGCUUGAAAGUCAAGGCAAGAGUCUUGUCGACGGAACCCUCCAAAGGACAACUACGCCUCACGCUGAAGAAGACUUUAGUCAACUCAGAUGCUGCUCCGAUCAAAUCGUUUGAAGAAGUUGCCAUCGGAAUGCAAGUGCUCGGAACAAUCGUCAAUGUUUUGCAAAACGGCGCCGUUGUUCAGUUCUACGGUCGUCUGCGAGGCUUCCUCCCGCUGUCUGAGAUGAGCGAGGCUUACAUUCAAAACCCUAAGGAGCACUUUCGGCAAGGUCAAGUUGUCAAUGUACAUGUCAUCGAUGUGGAUGCUACUACGAAUCGGCUCAUCGUAUCUUGCAAGGACCCGGCUGCUUUCGGGAUGGACAAGCAAUUGGCCUUGAAGAAUCUCGCCAUAGGUGACGUUGUCUCUGGUAAAGUCAGCCAAAAGACUGAAGACGACGUUUUUGUUGAGCUCCAGGACAGCUUGCUCAAAGCGGUGCUUCCAAUUGGGCAAUUGACGGACAAGAGCCCUGCUAAGAAUCAGGCUGCGCUAAAGAGGAUAUACGUUGGUCAGACGUUGACUGACCUAGCAGUGCUGGAGAAGAAUGAGGGCCGACGGGCUCUCACUGUCACGUCCAAACCAAGCCUGGUCGAAGCUGCCAAGAAGGGAAAACUUCUCUACAACUGGGAGAAGGUGAAAGCCGGGGACCUGGUCCAUGGGUUUGUUCGAAGCAUCACACCAACUGCUGUCUUCGUGCAGUUUGGUGGCAAUUCGACAGCAUUACUCCCAGCUGCCAUGAUCCCUCAGGAGCAACAAAAAGAGCAGAACUUUGGUCUGCAAAAGCUGCAGUCCCUGUCUGUCAAAAUAGUUUCUGUCGAUCGGGAUCAUUCCCGCGCCGUGGUGGCCAUUCCCUCGGUCGCCGAUGCCAAGGAGCAAAAGUCCUCUAAGCGCUCUACGAAGCCGGUAGAAAAUCCUGUGGACGACUCGAUCAAGGGAGAGGAUGAUAUCGUUGUUGGCAGAGUCACAAAGGCCAAAAUCGUGUCUAUCAAGAGCACACAGCUCAACGUUCAGCUUGCUGAUAAUCUGCAAGGGCGCGUGGAUGUCUCGCAAGUUUUCGACUCGUGGGAUGAGAUCCGUCACCCGAAGAACCCGCUCCAAAAAUUCAAGCCAAAGCAAAUCAUCAAGGUGAAGGUUCUGGGGGUCCACGAUGCUAGAAAUCAUCGCUUCUUGCCUAUCUCUCAUCGCUCAACACAUUCUCUCAUCGAACUAUCAGCCAAGCCUAGCGACCUGAAGGAGGAGGGUGGCUGCGAGCCCCUGUCACUGGACCAGAUCAAAGAUGGUUCUGAAUGGGUGGGCUUCGUGAACAACAUCAAGGCAAAUUACAUCUGGGUCAAUCUUUCACCAUCUGUCCGAGGACGCAUGGCCGCCAGCGACGCUUCUGACGACCUGGCUCAAUUGGGCAAUCUCACCGGCAAUUUCCCCAUUGGUUGUGCGAUCAAGGUACGGGUCAAGGCUGCUGAGGCGUCCAAGAAUCGCCUCGACCUCACAGCCAGGACCUCGGAUGACUCCAAUGCCAUCACCUGGGACAAUAUCAAGAAGGGAUUGGUCCUUCCUGGCAAGGUGACCAAAGUUACUGACAGAUCAGUUCUGGUCCAGUUGAGCGAAGAUGUUUCCGCCCCUGUACACCUUGUCGACCUGGCAGAUGACUAUGAUGAAGCUCGACCAAAAGAUUUUACAAGGAAUGAGAUUGUCCGAGUGGCUGUCAUCGAUGUAGACGCAAGCAACAAGAAAGUACGCCUGUCGACACGUCCAUCGCGAGUCCUCAACUCUGCUCUACCAGUCAAGGACCGUGAGAUCACAUUGGUUUCUGGCCUAAAGACUGGUGAUAUCGUGCGAGGGUUUGUCAGGAAUGUUGCAGACCAAGGCUUGUUCGUCAAUCUCGGCGGUCAUGUCACAGCUUUCGUCAAGAUAUCGGACCUGUCGGACACCUUUUUGAAGAACUGGAAAGAGCAUUUCAGAAUGGAUCAGCUCGUGAAGGGUCGUAUCAUAGCCCUCGAUGCGGCUCUCGGCCAAGUUAAUCUGAGCCUGAAGGCUUCCGUCGUUGAAAGUGAUUACACGCCUCCUCUUACUCUUGCAGACUUCAAGGAAGGCCAAACGGUGAAGGGCAAAGUCCGUGGCGUUGAAGACUUUGGGGCUUUUAUUGUCAUUGACGGGUCAGCGAACGUCAGUGGUCUCUGCCACCGGAGUCAAAUGGCGGAGAAGUCCGUCAAGGAUGCCAGAAAACUUUACAGUGCUGGUGAUAUCGUGAAAGCCCGGAUUCUGAAGAUCGACGCUACCAAGAAACAAAUUAGCUUCGGGCUCAAGGCAUCCUACUUUGAGGACGAUGAAGAUUCAGACGCAGAUGACUCGGACGAUGAAGCUGGAGUGCCAUUGGACUCUGACUCUGAGGUGGACAGCGACGAGGACGACGAGUUCAUGGAUGCCGCUGAGGUCAUCAUCCACGGUACCGACAAUGUUGAUGAAUCGGAAGAUGAAGAUGAAGAUACCGCAAUGGUGGACGCAUCGUCUGGAGAUGCUGGCGGCCUCGAUGCCGGCGGUUUCGAUUGGUCUGCUAAUGCACUAGAUGAAGUCGGUGAUGAUUCAGAUGCUGGAGCAAACAAUGCCGACGAUGGCGCAGGGAAAAAGAAGAAGAAGAGAAAGGCAGAAAUUCAAGUUGACCGGACAGCCCAGCUGGACGUGAACGGGCCGCAGACCGCAGAGGAUUAUGAAAGGCUCUUGCUUGGACAGACAGAUUCCUCUGAUUUGUGGGUUCGUUACAUGGCCUUCCAGGCGCAGGUCAGCGAACCAGCAAGAGCGCGCGAGAUCGCAGAGCGUGCUCUCAAGACAAUCAAUAUCCGCGAGGAGGCAGAGAAGCUCAACGUAUGGAUUGCCUAUCUAAACUUGGAAAACGCCUUUGGGACGGAUGAGACACUGGCAGACGUCUUCAAACGGGCGUGUUCGUACAAUGACGAACAGGUGGUUCACGAGCGGCUCAUCAGCAUUUACAUCACGACCGGAAAACAUGAUAAAGCCGAUGAGCUCUACCAGGCCAUGCUCAAGAAGUUCGGUGCCAAGUCGCCACAAGUCUGGACCAACUACGCGAAUUUCCUACACAACACGGUGAUGGAUGCAGACCGUGCUCGUGCUCUCAUCCAUCGCGCAACGCAACGACUUCCUCCCCAUACUCAUGUCCCCCUGAUUACCAAGUUUGCCAGCCUGGAGUUCCGGUCCGCCAGCGGAGACCCAGAGCACGGCCGGACAGUAUUCGAAGGUAUACUGUCCGCGUACCCCAAGAAGUUUGACCUCUGGAACCAGCUGCUUGACCUGGAAACAUCGGCGUACAGCGCGGCGAAGAAGAGCGGGGAUAGAAAAGCCGAUCCUACUCACGUCAGGGAGGUCUUUGAGCGUGGUACCAAGACGAAGGGACUCAAGGCCCUGAGGGCCAAGAAGUGGUUCCAGAGAUGGGCCAAGUGGGAGGGCGAGAAUGGCGAUGCGAAGAGCAAGGAAAAGGUGAUGGCCAAGGCCACGGAGUGGGCGAGGGAGGCUGAGGCGAGGAAGCAGAAGGGCGAAGAGGAGGAAGAGUGA